CCACAAGCCCGACUCCACCCAGCAGGGAGGGAAAGGUGACAGAUUGGGCAGAAUCCCGGGCCUCACCACCAGCAGCGGAGCUCGAAGUUUGUUACAGGCAGCCUCUCAAAGUGGAUAAUCCACGGAGGGGAAGCUAAAAGUCUGCCCAAAUGGGCAACGUGCAGGAGCGCCCAUCGGAGACCAUUGACCGGGAACGGAAACGGCUGGUAGAGACAUUGCAGGCUGACUCUGGGCUGCUGCUGGAUGCGCUGGUGGCCCGGGGCGUCCUCACUGGGCCCGAGUACGAAGCCUUGGAUGCGCUGCCCGAUGCAGAGCGCAGGGUGCGCCGCCUACUGCUGUUGGUGCAGAGCAAGGGCGAGGCAGCCUGCCAGGAGCUACUGCGCUGUGCCCAGCAAACAGUGCGCAUGCCAGACCCAGCCUGGGACUGGCAGCACGUGGGGCCUGGCUACCGAAACCGCAGCUAUGACCCUUCAUGCCCAGGCCACUGGACGCCAGAAGCACCCAGUUCAGGGACCACAUGUCCUGGGCUGCCAAGAGCUUCACAGCAAGAGGAGGUCGGAGGUCCUGAGGGCUCUGAGGCACUGCAGCCUGGAACUCCAGAGGAGCCAGAACUAGAAGCUGAAGCUACUGAAGUGGAUGAGCCAGACCUGGAACAAGAAAUGGAGCCGGAGCCGGAGCCGGAGCCGGAGCCGGAGCCGGAGCCGGAGCCGGAGUCGGAGCCGGAGCCGGAGCCUGACUUCCAAGAAGAGGAUGAAUCUGAAGGUUGUGAGGGCACCUAAACCCUUGCUUGCAGGCUUGUUAGAGGUUGUGGACUUGGAAGUGGGGGCUGAUCCCCAUUCCACUGACCAUCAUUUUCAUCUGCAGAUUCCUGAAGGCCAGAAUCCUUACCUGUCCAAUCCUAUUUAUGCUGGUUAAGACCUGGAAACCUGCCAGAGCUUGACCCCAUCGAUGCACCGAGACUCCAUUUACUGCCAAAUGAAUAAACUCGGGAGGGUCAGCCUGGACCUGACUCUAAGACAGCUUGGCUCUUUGCUCAAGAACUGAGGGUGGGCGUGGGUCUGAAUCCCAUUGACCUGAGCAGGCUUGUGUGAAAAUACCCCCACCCCCUCAAAAACAUUCCACUCCCCAAACAGCCCAAGCUGUAAUUCUGGAGAUCUCAGAUGCAGGCCCCUAAAUCUGACCUUCCCCCACCCCCUUUAUUCCCCUCAGGGACCAUUUGGGAGGCCGAGUGGGCAACACUUCUAAUCCAUGGAAAUCACUCGGCUUGGUGUACCAAGCAAGUGAAGGGGAAUGUCCAUCCGCACAUGGUGAGAAGUCUUGGAGCUCAGUCUUGCAGGGAGGACCUGAGAGGAAACUUGAGUAGACAGACGCCACACGCAUCACUGUAACUGCUGUUUAAUUGUCUGUCUUUCCUCUGAACUGGGAGCUCAGUGAGGGGCGUGGGGUCUAACCAGUCACAGACAUACACAAGGAGUUCUGUACAUAUCUACUAAGUAAACAAAUACGAACUUCCCAGCUGUGUUUCCAAGCUUCCCAGAUGGAAAACUGAGAAGCCAGGGUUAGGGCGGUACAAGCUCAAUCUCCCACGGCUGAAUCUGAGGUGAAAUGAAAGCCUUAACCAGCUCUGUACUAAUCCCGGCGGGCCUGACCAUGAGAUAACAAACCCUAGGGCCUGCCCUGCAGGUUUGAUUGUGGUUGCUUCUGCCUGUACUAACCACUGCCAGAGACCAGCUGUGAGGCUGUGGUCAAAGACAGGUACAACCAAGACUGAGGGUGGGGUCAGGUGCUGGGCUCACAAGACACAGAGACACAGUGUGUCUGUGUGUGUGAUAAGAAAGGUGGUCUAGGGGGCU